AGACCUGGUGUUCCUGGGUCUCGUUCCCCACCUGGAUGGGGCUCCGUUGGCCGGAACGACUCCUGGACGCGUCCAAAGACUGGAGGCGAGGGGUUGGGCAGACUCGAGAUCACGGGUUGUGCCAGUGGGUUAUCCCGGAUGCCGUCCUCGUUCCUGUGGCUCUCUCCCAGGGUUGUUCCUGGAGAUAUCCUAGUCUAGACCAUUACCACGAAUGCCGUCCUCACCGAUGUGGCUCUCUCCAGGGGUUGUCCUUGGGGGGCUUAGUCUUGUUAAGGACCAGAUAUCAGUCUUCUGAUAGUUGCACGUACAGAAUAUCUCGGGUCACACCUAAUCAUGAGAAGGGAUGAGCAGGAGUCUUGGCAGGAACUGUCUGGAUGCACUCUCGCUGGCGAAAUACUAUAUUCUUGGAUGAGACGUUGCCUUGUAACUCGAAGACCUUACAUCUAAGAGUCUAGGUCGCGACCUAUUCCCGGGUAAUUUAUGCACGAACGGCGGGGACCGUACCGAGUUUCUCGCGUUGCACGUGGGGUCCUUUGCUUUGAGCUCCUUCUUCGGGGUUUCGUUCUGUAUUUAUCCAUAGUCUCCCCUAUCGGCAGAAAUUCGAAGUAUCGGGAGUAGUUGCGUGGUGUCCUUUAUCUCGCGGUCCGUGGGGUGCGAUGAGCCUUGGCGUGCCAGGACGUUUUCAGUCAUCUAGGAAGAUGUCCUUCGAUGGUCUGGAGUCCUAGUUCGAUUCGAGGACGAGGCGAAAGUGAGAGAAAUGUUUCAGUCUCACCGUCGAACCCCGGGAACAGACAUCGGGAGAUAGGACGACCUACGCCGCCGACGCCGCCUCCGAGGACCUCUUCUAUGGGUCGCAACACUGGGUACUCUGGUUCUAGAAACACCAUCGGUAACAAUUCCAUCUGGUCCAGGCUCUUCGGGGGCGGGGGCAGGUCUAGGGGGGUGGAUGAUAAACGCCCUAUCACCAGAAGAGAACCCAGCUCGGGAGGAUCCAACUACUACGACACCCACACUACUGUGGACAAUCGAGGGAAUCGAGUCUGGACUUUUUCCGGCUAGAAGCGGUACCGGCAGUGUACCAAGGGUGUCAAGAUCAUCAUCGGGAUCAAAUACCAACUGCGUCAACUGUGUCAACUGCGUCAACUGCGUCAACUGCACUAACUGCCGUAACUGUCGUAACUGUCGUAGCUGUACCAACUGUAACGACUGUGACAGCUGUACUAGCUGCACAAGCUGUAACGGCUGCACCGGGUGUACCAGUUCUACCAGCUGCACCAGGUGUUCCGGCUGCACCAACUGUACCAACUGCACCGAGUGUUCCAACUGUACCAACUGUACCAGCUGUACACGCUGUUCCAACCGUACCAACUUAACCAACAAUACCUGUACCAAUGAUGUCAACGAUAGCCCCUCAGGUUUCAGAACAUCAUAUUGGACAUCGUAUUCAUGAACAACCGGAGCUGGCAAGGGUCUUCCGGAUACAUCCGUGUAUAUGGUCUUCGAACUCCCUCCGUAAAUACUCCUCUUCUAAUCCAGUGUUCUGCUUUAAUUUCAUUUGUUAACGUUUAACCAUCGCGAGAAGCUCGGACGCGCCAUUUACUGAUGAGACUUGACAUGCCUUCGAGCAUGACCACUGUACUAGGGUUUAAGGUUUAAGAGCGUCCAAUAAAGGCUAAUCUUAUCAACGAGAA